ACAAAUUCUGCUGUCAAAUUCGAAGUAAUUUUGUCGUCACAAAUUGCAUUAUUAUUUAUUCUAUAAACGAUGUCAGAUACGGUAAUAGAUGAAAGAGUUACUGAUGAAAUUGAAGCAUUAAAGGCCAUUCUGCUUGACGAUGAGUUAAAUAUAAAAGAAAAUGAUAGGGGUGAACCAGAAUGUAUUGAAACUGUGUUAUUUCCUUCAACUGGUGAAGAUUCACAAUCUCAGUAUGUUUGUGUAACACUAAUUGUUCAAUUACCUGUGGGAUAUCCUGAUAUAUCACCUAGUAUUAGUCUCAGAAAUCCCAGAGGUUUGGAUGAAAGUACAGUAAGGCUAAUGCAAUCAGAUGCAGAGGCAAAAUGCAAAGAUUUUAUAGGUCAACCAGUUAUGUUUGAACUCAUUGAGUUAAUACGGGAACACCUUACAAGAAGUAAUCUUCCAACGGAUCAAUGUGCCAUAUGUUUGUAUGGUUUUCGGGAAGGAGAUGAAUUUACAAAAACAGAAUGUUAUCAUUAUUUUCAUUCACAUUGUUUAGCAGCACAUGUAGCUGCUGCAGAGCGAUAUUAUAGAGAGGAACAAGAAAAAUUGCCACAAUGGCAGCAAGAUGCUGCUAAUAAAUUUCAGGCUAUAUGUCCUGUAUGUCGAGAAUCAAUAAAUUGUGAUGUAGAAAGUUUAUGGUCUGCUCCACCUCCAAUUGAUGUUGAAGCUGCUACAGACUUCUCAGUAACUGCAGAACUGAAGGAACUACAAAAGCAAAUGGCAGCAUUAUUCUUAAGGCAACAACAAAAAGGUGGUAUAAUUGACUUAGAAGCUGAAGGUGUAAAAACAUUAGUUAGAAUAGAAGAUGAGUCUGGUGCUACUACGGAAUGUCUCAAUCCACCUGGAACUAGUUUAAAUGCAUAUUCAAAUCAAAGUAUGCAACCUGUUAAUCAUAUGCAAAUGUCGCAGUCAAAACAAUCUUCACAUCAAACACAAAAUCAUGCUCACUAUCAAUCAAGACAACUGCAUCAUAAUUAUCAUGGACAUAAUAACCAUGGACAUCGAAAUAGAGGUCGUGGGCGCGCUCAUUAUCGUCGUCAGUUUGACAAAGUUAGGCAGACGGAAUCUACUCCCAGAUGACAAUGGGCUCGAGAUAAACUAUUUACUAACUGGUCUCCUAUUUUAUUAAAUGUAUACAAUAAUAUAAUUAGCACUAGUAGCGUAAUUAUAAA